AAGGCUGCUGCCGCCGCCGCCGCCGCUGGGAGCCUGAGAGGGGGAAGCGCCUGAGCGGGGCGGGGGAGUCGGAGCGAGGACCCCAGGAGGCUGCGCCGCUCCCGGCCCGGGCGCCCAACUGACCGGCCAUGCCGAAUAAAAACAAGAAGGAGAAGGAACCUGCAAAAUUGGGCAAAAGUGGAAAAAGUGGUAAAGAUGGACAAGAUAACCAAGAACAUGAGGCGUCAAACAAAAAAACAAACAGCGCUCCUCCCCCAGCACAGCUAUCUAAAAUCAAAGUACCUGCUCCACAGACUGUACUGAAGAAGGAAAAACGGCAGAGUUCUUCAAGGUUUAAUGUUAGCAAUAACAGAGAACUCCAAAAACUGCCAGCUUUAAAAGAUGUUCCUCCUGCUGAUCAAGAAAAGCUUUUUAUUCAGAAGUUGCGACAAUGUUGUGUCCUUUUUGACUUUGUUUCGGAUCCACUGAGUGACCUAAAGUGGAAGGAAGUAAAGCGAGCUGCUUUAAGUGAAAUGGUAGAAUACAUUACACAUAAUCGUAAUGUGAUCACAGAGCCCAUUUAUCCUGAAGUAGUACAUAUGUUUGCAGUUAACAUGUUUCGAACAUUACCACCAUCUUCUAAUCCAACGGGGGCAGAAUUUGAUCCAGAAGAAGAUGAACCAACUCUAGAAGCUGCCUGGCCUCACCUACAGCUUGUUUAUGAAUUUUUCUUAAGAUUUUUAGAAUCUCCAGAUUUCCAACCUAAUGUAGCUAAGAAAUAUAUUGAUCAGAAGUUUGUAUUACAGCUUUUAGAACUCUUUGACAGUGAAGAUCCUCGAGAAAGAGAUUUUCUUAAAACUACUCUUCACAGAAUAUAUGGGAAAUUCUUAGGCCUAAGAGCUUACAUCAGGAAACAAAUUAAUAAUAUAUUUUAUAGGUUUAUUUAUGAAACAGAACAUCACAAUGGCAUAGCAGAAUUACUGGAAAUAUUAGGAAGCAUAAUUAAUGGAUUUGCCUUACCAUUAAAAGAAGAGCACAAAAUUUUCUUAUUGAAGGUGUUAUUACCUUUGCAUAAAGUGAAAUCACUCAGUGUCUAUCAUCCACAGUUGGCAUACUGUGUAGUGCAAUUUUUAGAAAAGGAUAGCACACUCACAGAACCAGUGGUGAUGGCACUGCUCAAAUAUUGGCCAAAGACUCACAGUCCAAAAGAAGUCAUGUUCUUAAAUGAACUUGAGGAAAUUUUAGAUGUCAUUGAACCAUCUGAAUUUGUAAAGGUUAUGGAGCCUCUUUUCAGACAGCUAGCCAAAUGUGUGUCCAGUCCACACUUCCAGGUGGCAGAACGAGCGCUAUACUACUGGAAUAAUGAGUAUAUUAUGAGUCUAAUCAGUGACAAUGCAGCAAAGAUUUUGCCCAUUAUGUUUCCAUCCUUGUACAGAAAUUCAAAGACACAUUGGAACAAGACAAUACAUGGCUUGAUAUACAAUGCUCUGAAACUCUUCAUGGAGAUGAACCAAAAACUGUUUGAUGACUGCACACAACAAUUUAAAGCAGAAAAACUGAAAGAGAAGCUAAAAUCGAAGGAAAGAGAAGAAGCAUGGGUUAAAAUAGAAAAUCUAGCCAAAUCAAAUCCCCAGUAUUCAACAUGUAGUGACACCAGUGUGCUGAAUAGUCCUGUUGCAAUGGAAACAGAUGGACCUUUAAUUGAAGAUUUACAGAUGCUAAAAAAAACAGUGAAAGAAGAGGCGUGUCAGGCACCAAGAGAUCAGAAAAAGGAUCGUCCUCUUAUGCGACGCAAGUCAGAACUGCCUCAGGAUAUAUACACCAUGAAAGCCUUGGAAUCCCAUUGCAGAGCUGAUGAGCUAAUAUCACACGAUGGGCAUUAGACUAUUACAGUGUAAUAUUAUUUUGGAGGAAAACUUUUUUCUGGACUCAGUUCCUCAGUAGAGAACUUACUUUUUUGUGCCAUACCAAUCAGUUACACAAAAAGUCUAAACUUUCUUCAACCCAGUUCUGUAGGCAAUAACUUAAUACAGUAUGCAGCUCAAGAUUAGUAGUUCAAACAAUGGUAAAUUACUUGAUUCCAUAUGCAGAACCAUGGGUUGACUAGUAUUAGAUGGCCACAUUUUUCUGGUGGUAGUGAUGUCAUAGUACCAGCUAGUUGGUAACAUGCAUCCUUUUCUAGAAGUACUUGGGAAAAUAACAUUCUGUAAGUUAUUUUCACCAAAAUUGAAGUCAAUUCAAUGACUACUAGUUGAUACUAUGGUAACACUGUUUUCAAAAGCAAAAUGCUUCAGAUUUAAGUAUUACAUGGUUUUUCUAAGACUUCUCAACUUUGAAAUUAUUUCCAUGUUGUCUUGUAAUAUACCAGCAGUUUUGAAAAUACACAGUUCUUUAUUUUCCUGUUAUAAAAUACAACUUACAAAAUGGUAACUUCAUGACAAUCCUCAAUCACAAUUGCUUUCUAAGAGUUCUGUAAAUUGUUUUUUUCCUUAGGAUAAAGACAUAUAUUUACCAUGUCCUAGUACUUUACAUGUAUUUAAAGCCAUAUUUUCCAGUCUUUCAUAUGUAAUACAGCACCAGUAUUCCAGAAGUCAACUGGUAGAAGAAUUGUUUCCUAAAAUGAAAAUUUAUCUACCUUGACUGGGAAUAAACUGAAUAUAAAAACAUUUAUAUUUCAAUUUUCAUUCCUUGUUUUCAGUUUAGCAAAACACUGUUUCUCUCUUAUCUGAGCUUUUAAUACUCAGCAUUUUUUUCUUGGGCUCUGAGAGUUCAAUAUUCUGUGGCAGAUAUCAUGAUACCUUUUAAGUUGCAUUAGUCUUUUCCGACAAACAUUGUUGCCUUUCAGUGAAACACAACACCAAUAGCUUGUAUUAUAAAGUAAAACAGGUAAAAGAUAUGAGUUUAAGAGCUGAUAAAUCAACAGUGACUUAGUUUUAUGUGAAUAUAUUUUUUUGUGUUGUAAAGAGCACAUAUAUUACAAAUACACCUCAGAAGUAAAAUGAAAAUCUGAGUUGCUGAUGAUCUUCAAAUGCUGCUAUAUAGUCCACAAGAUUACUUGCAUGUAAUGAGCUUUUUGUUGUAGAUGGAAAAGCACGGGAGGAAAAUCUUUAAACAUAUAGUGCUUUGUCUUCAAUAUUUGAUUUCUCUCAGGGUGGCCAGUAUUUUGACUUUCUUAUCCUGCUUAAGAGCUGUUUGAGAUGUGUUCUGCUAUUCUAAAUGGGUAACUAGUUUCUUUUGUCUCUGGCAGUAACAUAAUAUUACAAUGUUUAAUGUCUUGCAUAAAAUGAUAAAAAUGUGGCUUCUUUAAAAUAGUUUGUUUUAUUUUUUAAAGAAGAGGUCUCCUGCAUCCAUAAAAAUAUUGUGCAAAGCAGACAUUCACAGUAACAUUGUGCAGCUUUUUAGCAUUGAAAAUAUGAUUUCUAAUAUUUAUUACAUUGUGUAUUGGGAAAAAAAGUUAAUUUUGAUGGAUCGAAAUUAUUGGUAAAACAAAACAAAAAUAAAUAAAUUGAAAGACCACCUGGAGUUUCAAGUGGAAAAAUCCACUGUGUGAGAGAACACUUCCUGUUAAACUUGAAAGAAUAUGCUUUACCAUUAUGAUAAACUAUAUUAAAACAGUUUAAAGAUGCCUUCCCCUUUUGAGGGGAAAAAGGGUGCUUUUUUAAUUGUAUAAAGCAAUGUCUAUGUAUUUUGAUAUACCAUUGUUUGAACUUCCAUCUUUAGCUGGUAGAUUAUCAAAUAAUUUGAUUUUGGGUGUUGAGUAUGUUUGUGGAAGAGAUUUCUGGAAAGGAGUACUCUUAUUUUACCCUAGGAAAAAAACUUGUAUAUCAAUGUUUGAUUGUGUAAUGCUCAACGUAUAAGAACAUCUUUUACUGUCCAGAUUUUAUUUCUGUUCUUUAUUGAAGAUAAACACUCACCAAAAAAGCGGGAAAUACAUUUUUUUUAAUAAAAGUUUGUCAGAAAUUCACAUUUGAGGUUUUGGGCCAUAGAAUAUUUGCCUAGACAGUAUUCCAAAAAUUAUCAGCACUGAUUGCUUGGCUUGUUUGUUACAAUUUAUAUAUUUUGUAUAGUCAUGUACUAAACUACUCUAAAACUUCUACAUCCAAAAUAAAAAGAAAAAAUAAAGUAGAAUUUUGGUGGCUGUUGUUCUUCAUAAAGUUCUGUGUUUGACACCUUUCCGUGUUCUCCAAAAUUACAUCUGUACAUCAGGAAUGUCAAAAGUAAUAUUACAAGUGUCUUUUAGUGUGGCUUUAGUAUGGCUUUAUUUUAAUAUUGUAUAUACAUUGUACUUUGUUUUAUGGUAAUAAGUAAUAAAAAUGUAGACUUCA